UGGUCGAACUGUCAAACUUCUGUCACUCUCCAUCAAAAUAUGGCAUAUAAAGCACGACUUAAGGAAUUCGAUGAUGUCUUACAAGAAGACUCGAUAGACGGGCAAAGACUGCGAGAACUGUCGUUCCAUGGUAUUCCUGACGAUCAAGGCAAACGGGCGCUAUGUUGGCGGCUGCUUUUAAAUUAUCUCCCUGUAGAAAAAGCACAAUGGCCAUCAUUCUUACAACAAAAAAGAAACUUGUACAAACAGUUCAUAGAGGAAAUGAUAGUAAUGCCGGGGUCUCAGGAGUGCAACGGUGACGUCACUGAGGGCGACCACCCCUUGAGCAUCAACCCUGAUAGUCAGUGGCAGACUUUCUUUAAAGAUAAUGAGGUUUUGCUGCAAAUUGAUAAAGAUGUGAGGAGACUGUGUCCUGAUAUUUCGUUUUUUCAACAACCAACGGAGUUUCCCUGCUUUGAAAUUGUUAAUAGUAAUGAUGUUAAAAGGUUGCAUACUAGGGUGCAGAGGAGUGUGCUGAAAUGUGCCAAUGUAGAGCGCAAAGGUUUAGGAAUUACAAAGAUAGCCUUAUCGAUCAAAAAAGCGAAUGAGGACUACGCGCCCAUGACUGAGGGCAAAGAAGCUCAUUGGGAAGUAGUCGAACGAAUUCUUUUCCUUUACGCGAAACUAAACCCUGGCCAGAGUUAUGUCCAAGGAAUGAACGAAAUAAUAGGUCCUAUUUACCACGCUUUCGCCUCCGAUCCUGACGUAACAUUUCGAGAACACGCCGAAUGUGACAGCUUCUUUUGUUUCACCAACCUAAUGUCUGAAAUUCGCGAUUUCUUUAUAAAAAGCCUCGACGAGACCGACCAUGGAAUCAACAAAAUGAUGAGCCGAAUGUUACAACAAUUAAAAAACAGCGACUUAGACGUGUGGCUGAAGUUCCAACAGUUGGAACUGAAGCCACAGUAUUACAGUUUUAGGUGGAUCACUCUUUUACUGUCGCAAGAAUUUCCCCUACCCGACGUGCUCAGGAUAUGGGAUACGUUAUUCUCGGAUGAGUCGAGAUUCGAUUUUUUGAUUUAUGUUUGUUGUGCUAUGAUCGUUAUAUUGAGGAAUAGGCUGUUAAACGGCGAUUUUCCGUCCAAUUUAAAAUUGUUACAAAACUUCCCACCCAUGGAUGUACAGAUAAUUUUAUCCAAGGCUGUUGAAUUGUCUCAACAAAAAAACUAGCUUUAAGCGUACUAUAUUAUUUCCAAAUUCGAAUUUUGCUAUUUUAGUGUCACGUUGCCAUCCUGUUACUUUACUCAUUUUUUUCUCGUUUCUCGUGUAAGUGUAUCCAAUAUUCAUUACUCUAAUUGGUCAAUUUGUUAUCAUCAUUUUGCAUGAAGUAGAGGCUCAAUAAUUGACCAAUAACAUCACACUUUUUACUCAUGCGCGUUUCAGUUACUGAUCCCUGUUUUGUACGUAUCAAUGACAAUCAGCCUUAAGGGGAUCUCUGUUCCUAUUACAUUAAACAUUAAAAACGAACAUCACAUAAUCGUGAUUUUAUUUAGUUGUAAGCAUUUAUCUACAUUAUGUACUCUAAUAAGUGUGUAGUGGAUAGAAAAAACCAUGACAGGAAAUGAAAAUGCCCAAAGCCUUACAAUUGCCGUUUUUACGUUUCCUGCACUGGCAACGGCCGUGUUACCGAACUUCCAUAUUUGAAGUCAAUUUUAUACUUUUCAUAAUAUUGUAAGCAGUUAAAAUCUUAUUUUAUUAAUAAAAUUUGUUAAAACGUAAA